AUGUUCCACAUGGGCAAGGUCAUACGGUCUCGCAAAGUCAUUCGUGAUGUGACGUACAGAUGGAUCCCCUUCCUAUUCGUCGUGUUAACGGUCAUCGUCUGUACGGCAUUGUUGAGCACCUCGGGCAAGCCACCUCGCGGCAUAGUCGUCACAUUUUCCGUCAUGGCGGGCCUCCUCGUCUUCUUCUUUCUGUUGUGCCACCUAAUGCUGUACUGCACUGGGAUCAAGCAUGAGAUGGAUACGGAGGAGGGAAAUGGCGACAACGGGAAUGUCGACCCCAGUCAUCAGCUCGACAGUAACAUUCCCCCAGGCUUCUUACCUGACGCCAAUGUCAACACCAAUACCAACACCAACACCAAUGCCAAUACUCAGGUGCAGCAGCGGGAGCGAGAUCAAACAGAGCAUCAUGGACUUGGGAGAGAUGAGCAGCACCGGCGUAGCCAGUAUCAUCCGGAUCAUCACCGACUCCUCAUCCUCUACGUCCGCAUCGAUCGCCACGUCAGGCAGAAAGUGCCCAGCAGCGGUAUCAGCCCGAACUGGGUUUUGAAGGAUUGCCAUCAGGCCGUCCACAAUCUCGGCACACGUCUGGCGGAUACGGCUCGUCAUUGCACUCAAAACACACGACAAGAUCACAAACGGAGGUGGCAGGGCAGCUUCCACCGCAGCGUACCAGACAACGAGUUCCGCAGCAGCAUCAGUGUCGCCCAACAGAGGGAAAAGGAGAUGUUCCUCGACAGCACCCAGAACAGACUCCGCGGCGCCUCGGGCCAUGCUGUCACGCCCGCGGAUCAAGCUGAGCCUCGGGAACACCCUGGGGAGGCGCCGAAUAGUGUGCAAGCUCAUUGUGCGCUCCUCGGUGGCCCGGAUGUCUGGGGACUGGUAUCGAACUUAUUCUCCGACAUGAGGCCACGCGCUCGUCUCCGGCGAAAGUCUGGCGACGACUAUCUCGAUCGAACCCCAUCAGCACUAGACGAUGGCGACACCGUCAUAACCCUCCGAGAUAUCGGCCCCCGCCGGUUCGUCGACGGCGGUCUCAUCGACGUUGGUCUCAUCGGCAGCCUCGACCAGCCCUCCGCUCUCGAGCGGACCGUCAGCCUGUUCCUCACUGAGAGCAGAGUCAGGGCACAGCCCCCAUCCGAAUUCAGCCUCAAGCGCACGCUCAGAACAGAACGGCUGGGUUGA